AUGUCGCUCUCCUCUCCGGCACCGGGCCAGGGUGCCGCGGGCGCGCCACCACGGCCCGUCUCUGCGCUCUUCGAUGCGCCGGGCGCGCACGAGGAGCGGCGUGUCAAGAAGGCCGGCAUGCUGCGGCUGCCCGGCGGCACCCCGGCGCUCGUCGCGUUUGGCAUCUCGCUCGUCGCCUUCACCGUGCAGACCGAGGCGGCGCAGUACGUGCAGCAGGGCCUCGGCUACCGCAAGCCGUUCCUGUCGCUCUACCUGGGCCACUCGUCGUUCCUCUCGCUGCUGCCGCUGCAUCUCCUCUACCUGCGCCUGCGCCACCCGUCGCUGCCCCUCUCGCACCACCUGCACCUCAUCGCGCAGAACCUGCACUGGCAGCUCUCGCCGCGCACGACGAGCCUGCCGCCGACGGCCGAACGCGUGCGCCGGCGCCUCAGCAGCAUCGGCAGCCUGGGCCGCAGCAGCAUCGCCUCGGACGAGGGCGGCUGGGCCGUCGAGGCGGCGCGCGAGCCCCGCGAGCGCGCUGCGCCGCGCUACGACGGCUGGCUGCAGGAGACGUGCGGCUUCGAUCCGUUCCGCCUGCUGGGCUUACUCGCCGUGCUGACCGUGGGCAUCACCGUGCCGGCCCUGAGCUGGUACUCUGCCGUGCCGCUGACGACCAUGGCGGACGUCACGACCAUCUACAACACGUAUGCCGUAUGGGCGCUCGUAUUUUCGAUCUAUUUCCUCGGCGAGAAGUGGGAGCGGCGGAAAGUGCUCGCAGUGCUCCUGGCCGUCGGCGGCGUGGUGCUCGUCGCAUACGGAGGCGCCGAGCACCGGCGCCGGCUACGCGAGCCCGAUCCGGUAUACGGCAAGCCCGGCGACAACUCGACUACCACCGUGGCAGCUCGGAGUCUCUACGCUUCGCUGCUCUCGCGAGCUGAAGAGGCGCCAACCGACGAUGACGCUACGCGGAAAGGCAGCAAUCCCGUGCUGGGCGCACUGCUCAGCUUCGUCGGCGCAAUGACCAUGGCGGGGUAUGAGAUGGCCUUUGCGCUGCUGGGCAAGCUUCCCGACGAGGCUGCGCAGGCAGCGCGGUAUGCCGCACGCGCGGCCCGACGACCGACGGCGCGCGGCAGCGUCGUCGAGUACUCGGAGAGCGAGGGGCUGCUCGAUGGGCAAGAGGAGCAGCACGUCAUCGGCGACGACGCAGAUGAGAGCUUUGGCGCUGCAUCGCCCGCCAAGCCAGAUCGCCCUCGCAAGCUGGGACACCUGGACGCGGCGCGCGUGUCGACGCAGCGCGUGGAUGACGAAGACUCGCAGAGCGAGACGAGCAGCACCGUCGACGGCGCCAGUGCCAGCUCGAUCUCUGACGACGAAGUGGAAGAGGUGCAGCGCGGCAGCACGCGCCUCAGCCGCGCUCGCUCCGCUGCCACGCUGCCGUCUGCCGCUCGCAAGACUCGGCCGUCGGUCGUCGGCGUGUUCGACCAAGAUGGAGGUCCUGCUGCUCCGCCGUCGCCGAGACCAGUGCGGCACAGGAGCGACUCGGUCACAGAGUGGAUCCCGCCGCCACUUCCGUUUGGUCUGCACGCCAAUCUCAUGACCGCCGGCAUCGGCGGCACAACGCUGCUGUGUCUCUGGGUCGGCAUCCCCAUCGCCCACACGCUCGGCUGGGAGACGUUUGAGCUGCCGCACAACUGGACGACGGUCGGCUGCCUGCUCCUCGUGAUGGGCAUGGGCGUCAUCUUCAACUCCUGCUUCAUGAUCCUCCUCGCGCUGUGGGGCCCCGUGCUGGCAAGUGUCUCGUGCUUGCUGACGACUGUGCUAGUCUUCUUUGCGGACCUGGCGCUCGGACACGAGUUCCGCUGGAUCAGCUUGCUCGGCUGCGUCACGAUUGCGGCCGGCUUUGGCGUGCUGGCGUCGGGCGACAGCAUGGCGCCCCAUUGA